AUGUUUCCUUUUCAACUGCUGAACUUGCUUUUCAUCGCCACAAAAGGAGAGGAGGAGGAGAAGAAGCCCAAAUAUGACAUCUCCAUUUACAAGCCGGGGGACCUGCUCGAGGUGCCCCGGACUCUGUUCACGCACUUCGGCAUCUACCUCGGGGACAACAGGGUCGCGCACCUCAUCCCUGACAUCCUGCCCCUCCUUUCCAAGAACCAAGAUGCCAUCAAGACGAUGGUGACCAACAACAGGCUGAUCCUGGGGGUCAUUGCCAAAGUGGCCAGUGUGAGAGUGGACACCGUGGAGGACUUUGCCUACGGGUCCGAUAUUAUAGUUAACCACAUGGAUAAAGUCUGCAGUCGGCCACCUUACCAAGGCGAUGAGGUGGCCAGGAGGGCUGAGAAACUGCUGGGAUCAGUAACUUACAGCCUGCUUUGGUACAACUGUGAACACUACGUCAUGUACUGCCGAUACGGUACUGCCAUGAGCUUUCAGACCUACCAGUUCUGUAAAACUGUGAGGAAAAUUGUCUGCUGUAAAAAGAGCGCGUUCCUGACAGCACUAAUGGGAGUCUGCAUCAUGCUGUACCUGGGCUGCGUGACGCCUCUCACCACCCUCCCAACGCUGCUCAUCCCAUUCACCAUCUGGAUGGCAUCAUAGCCUCUCA